GAGAGAUCAGAGAGAGAAGUAGGAUUGGUACUUGGUUGUUGUUUGAGAAGCCAAAAGCCUCCAUCACCAGCAACAGCAGCAGCAGCAGCAGCAGCAGCAGCUGCUGCUAUUGUCAGUCCCCCACAGCCCUCUCGUGUGCCCCACUUCUACCGAAACAACCACACAUAUAUUAUUUGGACUCAAUUCAACUCAAAAUCUUUUUAGUUGUAAAUAUAUAUAUUUAUGUAACAUCAGAAGAACUCUCUAGCUUUCCUUACUCUUCUUCUUCUUCUUUCUGUGUCUUCUUUUUCUUCUUCCUGUUAGUGAUGACUAGUGAUAGAGAAACACAUGACUUCAUGAGUGUGGACUCUUUUUCUCAGCUCCCAUUCAUCGGUCGCCCGGUCCCCGGUCGUGACAAGCCAUUGUCCCCGUCCCAAUCCACCACUUCUAACUCCGGCAUUCGUCUAUUUGGCUUUGAGUUCCCCUCCGACACUGAUUCUCCGACUGAAGACAUUGAGAUCAUUACUAAAGACCAAUCUUCUUCCGCCGCCACCGCCACCGCCGCCGCCGCCGCCACCGCCGGAGUCGAAGGUGGUGGUCGGAAGUUUGAGUGUCAUUACUGCUGUCGAAACUUCCCGACAUCUCAAGCUCUUGGCGGGCACCAAAACGCUCACAAACGAGAACGGCAACAUGCGAAGCGAGCUCACCUUCAAUCAGCCAUGGCUACCGCUCACCAUCACCACCACCACCACCCUCCGGGCAUCACUGAUGGGCAUGUUUAUGGUCUGUUGAACUACCACCAUCGGCUCAAUUCACUCAUACCAACUCACUCCCGUCUCAGCUUCGCUUUUGAUCAACAACCUCACUCAGUUCAUUACCCUCACUGGACCAACUCCACCACCACCACCACCACCAUUAACAAUAACCCUAAUGUUUCAGCUAGGUUUUGCUCUGGUAUCGGCACCGUCUCUCAACCGAUAACCGGUAACCCUUUACCGGCACUCUGGAGACCUCCUACCACCUCCCACAGUGGUGCAACUCACCGGGACCACUCUUCUCCUCUCCCUCUCUUCUCCGGGGAUUACUCAAGAAUUCCAGUGAGUACUCUUCUUACUUCUUCUUCAACCUCUUCCUCUUCAUCAUCUUCUACACCACCUUCCACUUCAAAAGAUAAUGUAAGUUUAGAUCUUCAUCUUUGAUCUGAAGAAUUAAACACUGAAACCCUAGUCUCUAUCUUGUUAAUUAUUAAUUAUUGUUUGGAAGAAAUUAAUGGAGAGCUUGUUUGUUGUUUCAACAUCAAA